GAUUCUUUUUUGAGUUCGCCAAAUUCUUAUAACAGAUCACCACCACAAUUUAAUAAUUUACAAGACUUUAUUAUAUCGUCAAAUGAUGUUAUAAUGAAAGAUUAUCCCUCUAUGGAAGAAUCUCUUUUUGAUCAAUUAACUUCUCAACAAGCUGAUAGAAAACGUGUUAAUUCAGUUUUUGACCGCGAUUCUGUUUCACCUGACAAGUCCUUAAAGAAAAAACGCAAAGGUCUAAAUGGUAGCAGCAAAUCUAUUAAAAGCCCUUUCACUGAAUUAAAAUCUUCCGGACCUUCUGGAGAACAAUUAAUCAAAGAUGAACCAACUUCUCUGGUUUCUAAUAUUAUGCGUAAUGACGGCACCACUCAGAGUAUUAUAGUUCCUAGUUCUCCCGUCGUUCCUUCGGACUUACCUUCAAAUUUUGCAACAAGUGGCUCUAUGUUAGCAUUUAACCCGGAUUCUUGGAAUCAAACUAUUAAUCCUUCCGCAACAAAUUUUAUCGAAGCUUCUUCUCAAUUUACAAAUAUGCCUUUACUUGUUCGUGAUGGCUCUUCUACUGCUAAAUUACCUAUAAAUCGUCUCAAAUCGACAAUCACGAAUACACAACCGCAACAAAAUAUUCAAUCACAACCGAAUAAGCAGCAAAAGAAAGUUGCACAUAAUGCCAUUGAACGUCGUUAUAGAAAUAAUAUUAAUGAUCGUAUUAAUGAUCUUAAAAAUGUCGUCCCAGCACUUUGUCAUCUCAAAAGUAAGGAUAGUAAAGAUGAUGACGAUAUCGACGAAGUUGAUGGAAUACCUGCUGCUACAAAAUUGAAUAAAGCGACAAUUCUUAGGAAAGCAACCGAAUAUAUUACUUACUUGAAAAAUAAUAAUCAAAAAGUCAAACGUGAAAAUGAAACCUUGAUGAAAUUAAUUGAAACUUUACCCGGUGGUAUUGAUUUAUAUAAUAUUUAUAUUUCUAACACUACACCGCCCUGCGGUUCUCCGGAUCAAUCUAUUCCCGGUUCGCCAAAUCCAGAUUAUGAAUCACCACCAACUCCACAAACUCCACCAGUUGGUUCAAGGGCUUUAAUGGCUUUAUUCAUGUGUAUGACUUUCUUUACAUCACCCUCAAGUUAUAUUACACAAUCUCAUCCUAUUGAUCAUCAUCAUGAAGGUCGUGUACUGACUAGUUCACCUAC